CACAGCAGGCCAAGCAGCGUCAGAAGAGCAGGAAGGCUGACGUUUCGGGCCUAGACCCUUCUUCAGACAAUAGAACGAAUGGGUGUGCGCUCAAAAUAAGGCAGCGGGCUGGGUGCGCGUACACACAGGUGAAACCGAGGCUGGGUUUCCGGGGCGAGUGACGUCAUCUGGUAACGAAGUCGGAGUUUGCCGGUCGUUAGGAGGGAGCGCGAGGCUGAGCUGCGGGUGGGCGGAGGAGGAGCUGGGCACGCGCAGCCGCUAGUAACCGGCUGGAGCCCGAACAGCAGCGGUGGCUGGAGGCGGAGGAACCAGUGUUAGAACGAGUUUGGUGAGGGUCUGAGAUUGGUCCCGGACCUUUCACAUACCUUACCCCUACCAACUUGCUCAUUACAUCCGGGCCGAUUCAAAUCGCUGCCCUUGGAAGGUCGGGCGAGCAGCUGGCACCAAAACGGCCAACAAACGUUCUUCCGAAAAUGAUCAAGACUCAUCACCGGACGCCGUCCAGAAGCCUGGAGACUGUGGAGGUGAAGAGCAAGUUUGGAGCUGAAUUUCGACGCUUUUCCUUGGAUCGAUCCAAACCUGGAAAAUUUGAAGAGUUUUAUGGAUUAUUGCAGCAUGUCCACAGAAUUCCAAACGUUGAUGUUUUAGUGGGUUACGCUGACAUUCAUGGGGAUUUGUUACCGAUAAAUAAUGACGACAACUAUCUGAAGGCAAUUAAGACAGCAAACCCACUUCUCAGGGUUUUUCUACAAAGAACAGGCAUUGGAGGAACAAAUAACGCAGAACCAUUCUGGAGUUUAGGGAAAAGGAUGUACUACAGAUUCACUGGUAGCUGUAGAAAUGUGACAGAGAAAUGAGUCAGCAAGCAAGGAACAUGUUUAAGUUCUAUAAAUGCUGUUUAGCUCAGCAAAGCACGUGACUAACUAUUGACAUGAAACACUAAGUUCAGAAAAAACAGAUCAGGGAAUCUUAGUGGCAGAAGAUACUUGAAAAAUCUCUCCAGAAUCAAUGUUCAGAAUGCAACAGCAAAUGAGCAUAUUACUAUAGAGGAGAAAUGUACAACAUGAGACCUGUUUGGAACAGCAGUCAUUAAAAGUACAGUUCAUUGCUGCACAGAUACCAAGAAAA